AUGUCAGCGUUCACCAUCGAAAACAUCUACGAGAUUGCCGGGAGACAGGCCAUCGUCACCGGUGGCGGGUCGGGGAUCGGGCAGAUGAUCUGCCAGGGCUUUGCCGCCAACAACGUUGACGUCGCUGUUGUGGACCUCUUCCAGGACCGUCUCGACGAGACGGUGCGUCUGUGCGAAGAGGCGAAGAAGGAAACGGGCUCGACAGCAAAGAUCACGACGCUGUGCUACGACAUCGGUAACGAAAAGUCGAACGCUGCGCUUGUCGCCGACAUCAACAGCCACUACGAAAACGUGGACAUUCUUGUGAACUGCGCCGGGAUUCGGAGACAGAACCAGACGACGUUCACGCCGGGGGAGCCGCUCGAGAAGCUUGCGGAGGCCACAAACUCCAUUGGCUGGAAGGACUUCCGGGACACGUUUGAUGUGAACGUGUUUGGCAUGUACUUCCUCACGGCCGGGCUUGUGCAGAAGCUCGGCGAGGCCGCCGCCAAGGGCGACGGCAGAGGCUGUGUUCUCUGCUUCUCGUCCCCGUGCUCCGUGCACAACAACCAGUUUGUGCCAACGUAUCAGCUCUCAAAGGUGUCCAUUGACCACAUGGUCCGCAUCAUGGCUGCCGAGUUUGCCGACAAGUACAUCCGCGUGAACGCCAUCUCUCCCGGGCUCUAUGCCAGCCGCAUGACCCCUAUGUCGCCCGACGACGCCUCCUCGAACAUGAAGUACGUGCAUCUUGUUCCUGCCCGCAGAGCGGGCACUGCCGAGGAGAUGGUUGCAUGUGUCGUGUUCCUUUGCUCCAAGGGCGGAGCCUACAUGGACGGCCGGAACCUGCGUAUGGAGGGUGGCAGAUUGCUCACUCUCAAGGGCCACAUCUACAGCGACGAGUAG